GCGCCCUUCGUGGAUGUGUCGGCGCGGAGGCAGAGCCCGGCGCUGUGCGGGCCGCGGGAGGCACAGGCCAUCAGGGGACACCUCGCCUCGCUCCUCGCCCACCUCGGGGAUGCUGAGGCCGCAGGCACCGGCCCCGUGUCCUCCAGCGAGGUGGUCCCCGCGGGCUGGAACCUCUGCACCGUGGCCGGGGUGCUGCUGGGCUACCCGGCCGUCUACACCUUCUGCGCCGAGGAAGGCGCCGAGAACUGCCUGGCGCUGACGCCGCUCAGGGUGUUCACGGCCCAGGCCUCCUGCCCCAGGAUCAAGGACGGCCUGAGGGUCCAGAUCUACUCCUUCAGCGUCCCCGAGAGCCUGUGCGCGGAGCUGAGGGAGGCGCUGGACGCCUGGUGCCGGGAGCUGCAGGAGGCCUUCAGCGCGCAGAGCGACUUCGUAGACCUCUGCAUUUCGAGCGAGGUGGUGUCUCUGCCAGCAGUUGCUUUGUAA